AUGGCAAGCUGCUCCAAGCGGGCCAGGGUCGAUGAAGCGGCGUUCGACUCGUUUGAUGAAGAAGAUGAACAACCAUCUUCUAGCACGAGACGAGACGCGCCAUUGGCAACAACGACCGCGCUGGAGCUAGACGGGACGCAACGGUUCAGCCCAACAAGUAUGGAAGCGCUUCGGCAUACACAAGCCCUCGACCCUGAGCCCGAGCCUGUUCAACAUCGUCCCACUCAUCUAACAAAUGGCAAGAGAAAGAUCCAGACGUUCGUCUUCUUUGACCUCGAGACAACCGGAAUCUUCCCUUCUUCAUCGGGGCAAGAAGUUCUCAUCACGACUUCCGAACACGCGACUGCCAGACUCAACAAUCUCAUUCACGAAACGAAAGAAAAUGACUAUCCGCGUAUUACCGAAUUUGCUAUGGUGGCCAUCGAUCGCGAGACGCUGACAAAAUCGCUUCGCAAAAUGCAUGAUAUAGAAAUUGAGCUUCGAACCAACGAUGAGGACGCGACUCGUUUCGUCUAUACCCCUGCCAAUGUGCAUUCCAGAUUGAUCAAUCCGGGCCUGACGUCAGCCGAAUGGGAACUGUACACGAAAAGGCAAAGCAGGAAUUCGAAAAUGGUGCUGACAAAGGAUGAUUUGGAGCGGCAGCGUACCCUACUUCAAGAGUGGAUCGGCAUUCGGCUUUUCCUCGAAAACUUACCCAAGCCGCUGUGCAUCAUUGCCCACAACGGAAUCUGGUUCGAUUUUCGGCUGCUAUAUGGCGAAUUGAGGCGUCAUAAUGUGUUGCACGACGCAUUCCCCGAUGAGGUGUAUUUCCUCGACUCAUGGCACACCUUCAAGGACCUUGAUCAGCAAAGCUUAGCUGAUGUUGAGCAUGUAUUAGCGGAGAAAAACAAUCUCCUUUCCGUUGCUGCCGCGAGCCGAUCAGCAGAAGCCGUCAUCGUGAACCCGCAACGGACGCGACCUGGCGAUAAUGCGGACAUUUUCGAGAGUGUACCCAUAGAUCAAGACGAUGUGUUGAUAAUACAUCCAGUGGCUGAGACGAAGAAGACGCCAGUGAAACGCCCCGAUUCGCGUAGUACCGAUGUCCAUCAGUCGCCCAGCGUUGCGGCGCGCCGUGCCCUCUUCUCACCGCAAAAAGAACGCCAUCAUCGAGGAGAUGUCCCGCCGCUCCGUUCUGAUCAUCCACUCAACUUUCUCUGCUCUGUCAAAUGGCCGCCGGCAAAGCACAACUGUGUUCGUCAGCAGGAUUUCAUGCAAAACCAGUGGGCCAAAUGGACGUUCGAUCGGCAUCGAGCAGCAGCUGCGCUACGAACCCCGGGCACAUACGGAUUAGAAGGUCUCUACAAACGAAACAUUGGAGGACACUACAAUGCACAUACGGCAGAGGCAGACUGUCAAGCAUUGGCUCAGGUAGCCAUGGCGUAUGGAGUCGACUUCUUGACGUAUGCGGAUCGCGUGGCUGCUCGGUUCCCGUUC